AUGAAAUUCCGAGGGGAGGCCUUCCGGUUCGAAGGCGACGACCCCCGUAUUGAAGCUCUGUGGAAAACCUUUCUCUCUGCUGGUUCCGAAGACCAUCAGUUUCUCUGGUCAAUCUGCAAGGAAGCGAAGCACUUGAAGUAUAAACGUCCAAAAUUGUUUGCAGAGAUUGUUGGAGCUGCUCUGGAAGGCUCGCGCCCCUUGGAAGCCUACCAAUUCGCGGCUUUCAUUGGCCAAAAGCAUUACAAGGGGCGUGAUGAUCUCCUGGCAGCCUUUUUCGCUGCAUGCAGGUCGAGGGAUGCCAAUGCCCUCAGAGGCUUCUGCGGUGUCUAUGAUGUGGUUCCCAGGACCCGCAUCUAUUCCGAGGUUACCUCCUAUCUAUGGAGUCAAGACCGAUCAUCUGAUGCCUUCAUGAUGCACUCCUUCUUGAUCGCAAAGAGAGACCUGCCACCCCGGUUCGAGCUUCUUGAACCCUACAUCAACUACUUGGCCCUGCACAACGAAAGCCUUGAGAGAUUUCUCUUGCCUCUAAACCAGGCUGGCGCUUCUUUCGAAGCCCAGGCGCGACGGCUAUGGUCAAUGGGCAGAAGCAGAAUCACGGGUGUACCUGCAGAUUCCCUCAAUAUCGUCGCAAGCAAGACUCUGGGGUCAUCCCCAACGAAGCUCAGCGAUCAGUUCGUCGCACGCGCUUUUGCCACUCGAGCUUUCUCCUUCGAAUUUGCAGUUAACAGUCUGAGAAUGAUCGGGCUGAUUGAGGUUGGACCGCUGGCGGUCCGUCAAAUGGCGUUGGCUGCACCAGACCUCGCUACGUUGCAAGCCCGAUUUCAGAAACUACACGACCUCGAGAUUGACACUGGAUCCUCUGUUUUUGUCCGGAUAAUCAGAGAUGUCUGCGAUUCAGGACAUUGGGAAAUGGUCCGAGCACUCGUAGACAACGAUCUACAUCAUGAGGUGUUUGAGGAUAUUGAGCUACAAAAGCGGCUCUUGACGGAAUACUAUCGCACCAAAGACUGGGGACAGCUGAACCGGACGCUCGUGAUUCUCAAUGACGGACAAUUCGAUAACUACUCACGAAGCCGAUCCACAAACUUCUUGUUGAGAGCGAUGAUGGAGCUGGGCGACUGGAAGAGUGUCAUAAAUUGCAUGUCGACCUUGCAGGAGCAUGGGUUGCAUAUCUCCUCAUCGUUCCCCGAAUUCGUGGUCUCUCUAUUUCGAACCACCAAACAACUCACCAGUGGUCGUGGUCUCGGAGACGUGGACAAGGUUGGAUUUCUCAUAGGGUUGAUGCAGAACAUCCUCGCUUCAGGAACAAAUUUCAAGCUCCGGCUCUGGCGGGCACCGAUAAAGGCACUCGGUCGGCAAGGACGCCUCAGAGAGCUGGAGUCACUCGUCUACUGGAUCGCAGAGUGGUACCGAAAUGGCGGACUCAACGGACAAGUUCUCCAAGUGCCCAUGUCCGGCUCGGGGACGAACCUAAAUGUCCUCUUCGACGACAAGUUCCAAAAGUCACUCAUGUCGUGGUGCUUUAGACCCCGCAAAGGGAUGGGUGCGGUGUCUCCGGAACGGUGCCUCCGGUGGACCCGGGUGCUCAAAACGCUGCGGGACGUCUACGGCGUGGAGGUCAAGGAAUAUGUCAUCCGCUGGGAGUUUAUCUAUCGUCUUCGACGGUUGUUCGCCCUGGGGAUGCGCCUCAAGGCACCCAACGCGUGGAUGCGGUCCCGAAACCGUACCUCCCUCAGCCGGUAUUGGGCUCUGUACGAUAAGAUGUGGGAUAUGAAACCCGCUGGCCGAGUCAAGUACGAUGAUCGAAACACAGUCAGCCUUUACCAUCGCAAGCUGAGCCCACUCAAGAGGAGGCGUUUGAUCAGUCACUGGUCGAGAAAGAGGGCACAACGAGCUGCGGACCAAGGAACACAGGUUGGGAAUGGCCAGAACAAUAGGCAUGAGAACAUUGUUGUGUACAGAGACCUCUUUAAUGCGUCUUGGGAGGACUAUAGAAAGUGA